GUGUGUGUGUGUGUGUGUGUGUGUGUGUGUGUGCGCGCUGCGGACCGGAUGUCCCCGCCAGACUGGUGACUAUAGAGCCGGCCGUUUCCUUGCACAACCGGGGCUUCCUGCUGCCCGUCCAGCAAGGUCCGCAGGCCACGCCAGGACUCAGCCCAAUCCCUCCCACGAACGGUCCUGGAGCCCGGGCAGGGGGCGGUCCAGGUCCCUAGCACAGAGGAACCCCGGUCCCCAGAACCCAGACGCUCCUUGAAGCUGUGCAGAUCAGGUCUCCCCAGCACAUGGGUCCCCAAGCCCACGGAGCCGCAUCUGGGUGUCCCUGAGCUCCAGCGGCCCAGGUUCCCGUGCAGACAGCCCCCUGCUGCUCAGGUCCCUUGGUGGGCAUGGGGGCGCCUUCACAUGUGACCACACCUGCAGCAGGCCGGCACCAUGGGACUGGGCGCGGGCACAAGCUGCACCCCGCGGCCCCCGAUCCGCCCGCAGCCCGUGUCUGAACGCCGUGUGCUGGCGGUGGUUUUCCUGGGACUGCUGCUGGACCUGCUGGCCUUCACGCUGCUGCUGCCGCUGCUGCCCGGAUUGCUGGAGGCCCACAGCCGCGCCCAGGACCCCCUCUAUGGCUCAUGGAAGCAGGGCGUGGACUGGUUUGCCUCGGCCAUCGGAGUGCCAGCCGAGAAACGCUACAACAGCGUCCUCUUUGGAGGUCUGGUGGGCUCCGGCUACUCUGCCCUGCAGUUCUUGUCGGCCCCGCUCACAGGCGCCGCCUCAGACUGCCUGGGGAGACGACCACUGAUGCUGCUGUCCCUGGUGGGUCUAAUCGCCUCCUAUGCUGUGUGGGCUGCCUCCAGGAGCUUCGCCGCCUUCCUGGUCUCCCGGGCAAUUGGGGGCAUUAGUAAGAGCAAUGUCAGCCUGUCCACAGCCAUCGUGGCCGACCUGGCCUCGCCGGAGGCCCGUGGCCGAGGCAUGGCCGUCAUUGGAGUGGCCUUCUCCCUGGGCUUCACGUUGGGCCCACUGCUGGGUGCCUCGCUGCCUGUGGACAUGGCACCCUGGUUGGCCCUUUCUUUUGCCACCGCUGACCUGCUCUUCAUCUUCUGCUUCCUGCCUGAGACGCUGCCCCCGGAGCGGCGGGCGCCCUCCAUCAUACCGGGCUUCCGAGCCACCGCCGACCUGCUCAGCCCCCUGGCGCUGCUCCGCUUCUCAGCGGUGGCCCGAGGCCAGGAGCCCCCCACCAGGGGCAGUGAGCAGCGGGAGCUGCCCCCUGGACUGGACAGCCUGCGCCGCCUGGGCCUGGUCUAUCUGCUCUACCUGCUCCUCUUCUCGGGUCUGGAGUUCACACUGGGCUUCCUCGCUCACCAGCGCUUCCACUUCAGCAGCCUGCAGCAGGGGAAGAUGUUCUUCUUCAUCGGCCUCACCAUGGCUACCAUUCAGGGCACCUACGUGCGGCGCAUCCGCCCCGGCAGGGAGCUCGCAGCAGUGAAGCGGGCCAUCCUGCUGCUGGGGCCUGCCUUCCUGCUCAUUGGCUGGGGGAACUCGAUGCCGGUGCUGGGCUUGGGCCUGCUGCUCUACUCCUUCGCGGCCGCGGUUGUUGUGCCCUGCCUGUCAUCUGUAGUCGCCGGCUAUGGUUCAGUAGGGCAAAAAGGUAUCGUUAUGGGCACGCUGCGCAGCCUGGGUGCCCUGGCCCGGGCAGUGGGGCCUGCCACAGCCGCCUCAGUGUACUGGCUGGCCGGGGCCCACGUCUGCUUCACCGCGUGUGCCAGUCUCUUCCUGCUGCCCCUCCUGCUCCUGCGCGGCCUGAGGCCAGCCCCCUCCAAGGACCAGUAGCUGGACCUGCCCCUGUUGCACUCCACCCACAGGAGGCCCCCACGGCUCCCCUCUCGGACUGGCUCCUACGGACUCGGGGCGGGGGCAGGGGCCUGAGCAGAACACCUUGCCCAGACUGUUUUCACUCCACACAGGGCAACUGGAGGCCUUUGCCAUCUGUGUCUUGUAACAAGAGCACACUCCUCUGGGACCCAAUAAAGCAGCUGUUUUCUA